UUUUAAAGUUGAAACGAUUUAAGUUUGCAAAUUUUUAUGUCAUACUUCAGUAAAUGACCUGAAUACACCCUUUACAUUUCUUUCAGGAUUUUCCAACAUGAUAUGAUAUAUUGUAAACAAACAUUGUCGUAAAUGAGAAUAGCCGGCCAUUCACGUUUACACAUAAUUAACGUAUUAUCCUUAUUUGGAUUAAAUCCUCGUAAAGCAAAUGACAGCUGUUACACACAAUAGAAAGAUAAAUGCAUAUCUGGUGGGGAGGUAAUGGGACCACUGACAUCUUGAAGCAUUGAUUAGUGGACUCAGAGAAAAGAGAAAAGGUAUGGCAGCUCUUACAGCACAACAGCUGGUGAAGCUGGAGGAUGGAGGAGUUUGAUGCCAGAAUUAAGGAUAUGUCUGUCAAGAACCUGAUUGACACAAUCACUGUGCUACAGAAGGAGAUGAGUAAAGAGCAAGAGAACUUUAAUGCUCUCAGCGGGGAACUCGGGACACUGAAGCGGAAUUCAGGCCAGUAUAAAUCCAUCUCAAAGGAUAUGACAGCGUCACAGACCAGACUUACACUGUUGAUGAAUAGAAGCAUGAAAUGUUUUUCUCAGCAAGGCAACCAGCAGAGCAAGACAGCUGUGGAAAGAAGAAACUCAUUUCAAGGGACACAGUCUAAGGGGAAUGUUCAAAAUAGAGCUUCAGAACCAGUCAAAACUACAGUAGUGACACAGUCUGCUGUUGCAGGCAGAAACUCUGUAAAUACUGCGGACCAGUCUAAAAGACAGUCAGAUAUUGGAACCAGUAAUAGAACAUCUAUAUCAGUGCAGUCUCUGAAAUCUAACAGCCCUGUUUUAAGAAGUAAAGCAAAUGAUGUAAAUGGUUCAGGCAACAUAAAUGGAGAAAAAAGACAAAGCUUACCAUUAUCUGUUAAUGAUAAUAAUAAAACUGAAAACAGGUCUCGACUAGCAAAUGAAGUAAAUGACAAUACAAAUGUUAAUGGUCAGCAAAAACCUGUGUCUGUGUCAAAUACAGGUGUCUCUCUUGGGCCAAUGGCAGAACAAAGGAAUAAGUACUUGUCCAAAAGUUCUGACAAUGUUUUUAAGAAGCCGUCUGAAACUGCUCCACAUAAACCUGAAGUUGUGAAAGGUAAAACAUCAGCAAAACCUGUGAGUAAGGUAGUGAUGAAUGCUGAUAAACAAAUGAUUGAUUUAGAUUCGUUUACUGAAAGAAAAAACAUGUUGGACGAGUUGAAAAAGUUUGAUAAAACUUUGAAACCGAGUGUUGCCAGAACACACACGGAAAAGGUAACUGAGGUCAAACUGAAUCUAGCCAAAAGUGGUGAAAAGAGGACAAGUGCCAAUAUGGAACCUAAAGGAUCUGUAACACCAGUAGAACAAACAAUGAAUCUUUUAGGUGAUAUUAAACUCGGAAAGAAACCUUCUGAACUAAAACAAACAAUGAAUGUAAAAACAGAACAAAAUGGAAGUAACCGUGAAAUUAAAGAUACUCGAGAGUCUGUUAAAGUUGAAACAGAAAGUACUAGAGCAUCACAUAAUGAUUCACAGACAAAAAAGUUUGAUGAUUUGUUAAAGGAUGUUGAUAGUGACAAAUCAGAACAAAGUUCAGAUGAUUCUCCAAGGGAGACAGUUGUUGUAUCUAAGCAAAAGGAGACAAGUAUCAUUCCAAAAGUAGAAAAGAACACUACUCCAUCUGAUGUUGGGAGGAGAAAUGGUGAUAUUCCAGCAUCAGGUGAGGUAACUAUAGAAGAAGCAAAGGCAAGCAUUCCAGCUGUAGAAACUAGUGAUGAUAGUUUGAGCCAGUCAUCAGGGAUGUCAGAGGAAGAGGAUAAGUUUGUUACAGAAUUCCACUUCACAGGAAGUCAAAUUAAAACCCCUGUUGAAGCAGCCAUUCCAAAGAAACAAGAAAACGUUAAACAAAAACAGGAUGUUACACCUAAAAUACAACAGUCAACUAAAACACCAGCAGCUCCUCAACCUGGUAGCAAUGUUAACAAAGCCGAAGUCAUCACUAAAGGUCAAAGUUCAACAGCAACAGCAGCAUCUGGUAUCCAUGGCAACAAGGAUAAUGAUGAGGAGGAAGAGCUUGUUGUGGAUACAAGAGUCAAGUUUAGAGAAUGGGAUCCUUGCAAGUUGCUGGCAAAACUAUAUGAAGUCAGAAUGAUGCCAGACAAUAUAGAGGAUAUAUCCCACAAGUUUAUUGGAAUGGAGGGCCUCAUGGAGAAGUUGCCAAUGAACAAGAAGAAAGCCACACUGCUGAAAACAUGGAAGAGACGGUUUUUUCGAGCUCAAGAUGGCUGGCUCCAUUAUUAUGAGACUGGGAACAAAGAUAAACCAAGUGACAGUUUGCAGUUGAUGGGGGGUAAGGUGGAAGAGCUGGGACCUCGGGUACUUGGUGUGGAUGAUGGGAGAGGAAAGUAUUUGAUGGUGCGAGUGCCAACAGAUCAUGAGUUUGGCCUGUGGAAGGUGGCUUUAGAAUCGCAGACAGCCGAUAAUGUUAAAGCUACCUAUGUGAGACCUUCACCUGCCUCUAUACCACAUCCAAAAAAGAAAGUGGUGAUUAUAGAUAUAGGUAGCAGUGGUAUACGGGCGGGGAUCCUUGGAGAGAGAGCAACACUGCCUCAAGUGUUUUUCCCAAGUAUAGUAGCCGUACACAAACAGACGGGAGAAAUCAUUGUCGGUGCAGAUGCACUAAGACCUGAUGUUAGAAAAUCAUCCAAAGUUUCACAGCCUAUACAACCAACUAAUAAGGUUGAUAAGGGGCGUGUCCAGCCAUUCAACAUUGAUAUGGCAGUGAUGAAGGCGAUUCUACUGAAAGUGUUCACUGAUCUCAAUGUCAACCAGUCUCAGUAUCUUGUAAUGUUGAGCACCCCACAGAAUCUUGGAGACAAAUUACGGGAAGGGCUGAUGCGUAUCCUGGUAGAUGAAAUGCGUGUGCAAGGUGUAUGUAUGGUACAACAGUCACUACUUGCUCUAUACUCAUACAACGCAAUGUCAGGCAUUAUUGUAGAUAUAGGAGAACGAUUGGAGAUUUUACCAAUUUAUGAUGGUUUGUUGAUAGAAGGUGGGGUAUCAAGACAGGCUUAUGGUGGAGCCAAGAUCCAGGACUCACUUAACAUUUCAUUGUUAGAGAACAAAUACCAGUUCAGUUCAUUUGUAGAGAAGCUUCUUGUCAGAUAUAUCUGUGAACAGGCAUGUUAUGUGACAGAUAACUACACAGAGACCAAGGAGAAAUGUGAUGCUGAUCCAAAAAGUUACUCUAGAAUUGUGGAAUGUGCAGAAUUUGAUCUGCCAGAAGGCGCUUUUGAAACUGUAGAUUUAGACUAUGCCUGCUUUAAGAGUCCUGAGGGAUUUUUCAACACAGACCUGUGGGAGAUGGACUAUAAGAAUAUACAGAAGCAGAUAUAUGCUGCCAUACAGCAGUGCCCUAUGGAUUCUAGAAAACAAAUGUAUAGGUCUAUAUAUUUGAGUGGUGGAGUAACAACAAUUCCAGGAUUUGCAGAACGUUUGCAAGAAGAAAUGAGGAAAUUGGCACCUCCAGCAGCUGUGGUAGAGGUGCAUGCAUCUCCACAGCGUUACCAUUCAGCUUAUAUAGGUGCAUGUUCUGUCGCCUCAAUGGAUGUGUUUGAAAUGAGCUGUGUCUCGGCUGAUGAAUGGAAGAAAAUGGGGGUGAAAGCCUGCAGGAAAUGGGGAACCGGUUGAUCAUGUGACCUAGAAUGACACCUGAUAUUAUUAAACUAUAAUGUAAAUGUUCAAGAAAACUGGCCUAUUAAUAAACAAAAUGUUUAUAUUUAGGAAAAAAAAAAUGGUUACCAGUUGACCAUUAUAAGUUCAGUGUCUUUGAGAAGUAAUAGGCUGUAGUGCACAGUAUGUGAAAUUGCUUUUGUUUGAAGUGGGACAUAUAAACUUGAGAAAAUAAAACCAAUUCAAGGACUCAGUUUAAAGAGGUGGUUGUUUAAUUUUUACUUUCCAACAUUCCAGAGAUAUGUCUAUAUACAUGUAGGUUGUGAUAAUAAUUCAACAUUAUAUAUGUGUGAACUGUCAUGUUAAAAUGAGCCAUGUUGUUAUUUUUCAUUUAAUGAUGAACUGUAGUUUAUGUUGUUUACUUCAAUGACUUGCCCUGCACUAACAUGGGUUUCGAACCUUGCUUGGUGUAGGAUUUUCUUAUAUGAGGUCUUUAGGACGGUUGAUGAUUAUACCCAGGUGCCCACCUGGGCCUGAAACAAUGCCCGCAGGUGCACCUGGGGGUCUUUCUGCAUUGUAAAAAACUGAAAAGUUGCCGUUUGGCAUAUAUUGUUUCAAUGCAGCUUAAAACCCAAAACAAAGAACCAAAUAAGUUCUGCAAGAAAUAAUUUAGAAGUUUGGGGUAUUCUUUUUUAAAAUGAAUAUUCUUUUUUGUUCACUUUUCACUAAACAUCUCGCAUUUAGGUUCUCAGAUAGUUCAUAUAGAUUGUUUUACUCUAGAAAUUGUACGUGUUUAUGUGAAACAAGUUUGGAGUAACAUGGAAGGUUCUCAUUAUAUUUUGUAUAACCUAGCUGCUUCAUAUAGUGGUUUAAUAUUUUAGAUCAGAGUUGGCAUAAUCUAGAUUAAGUUAUAUUUUAUUGUACCCCCGACAACAAAGUUGUAAGGUGGGGUACUGGUAUACUGGUUUCAGGUUGUCUGUCUGUCUGUCCAUCUGUCCGUAGACGCAAUCUUGUGCGCACCAUCUCUCCUUAUCCCCUUGACAGAAUUUAAUGAAACUUCACACAAGUGAUCAGUACCAACAGUAGUUGUGCAUGGGGCAUGUAAGGUUCUUUUAGAAAAAAAAAUUGCAGAGUUAUGGGACUUUGUUUUUUUGUUACUAUACUAUAUACAUAGACACAAUCUUGUGCACACCAUCUCUCCUCAUCCCCUUGACACAAUUUAAUGAAACUUCACACAAGUGAUCAGUAACAACAGUAGUUGAGCAUGGGGCAUGUUAGGUUCUUUUAGAAAAAAAAUUUGCAGAGUUAUGGGACUUUGUUUUUUUGUUACUAUAUUAUAUACAUAGACACAAUCUUGUGCGCACCAUCUCUCCUCAUCCCUUUGACACAAUUUAAUGAAACUUCACACAAGUGAUCAGUAACAACAGUAGUUGUGCAUGGGGCAUGUUAGGUUCUUUAAGAAAAAAAUGGGACUUUGUUUUUUUGUUACUAUACUGUAUACAUAGACACAAUCUUGUGCGCACCAUCUCUCCUCAUCCCCUUGACACAAUUUAAUGAAACUUCACACAAGUGAUCAGUAACAACAGUAGUUGUGCAUGGGGCAUAUUAGGUUCUUUCAGUGACAAAAAUUGCAGAGUUAUGGGACUUUGUUUCUUGUUAACAUACUAUGUACAUACAGUCUGCAUAUGCAAUCUUGUGCGUGCCUAAUCUACCAAACCCUUGCACACAAUUUAAUGAAACUUCACACAAGUGAUCAGUACCAACCCUAGUUGUGCAUGGUGCAUGUUACGUUCUUUUAGAUAAAUAUUCUGCAUAGUUAUGGGACUUCGUUUUUUGUUACUAUACUGUAUACAUACAGUCCACAUAAUUAUGCAAUCUUGUGUGCAUCAAAUUGCAAUGUACUGUGUCAGUGCAUGCUGGGGGUACAUUCAUCACCUUUAGUGAUAGCUCUAGUUUUUUGACAAGUUUGCUAUAUGGCAGCAUACAGUAUACAAAUAUACAUGUUCUAGUAUUUCAAAUAUCUCCAUAGUUUAAAUGAAAUCAGCAUUUUAGAGGACUUGGUACAAUCAAAGAGGCUGGUGUCACACUCUCUUACAGAAUAAAAUGGACUGUAAGUUUCAUUUUUUUUUUUUUCAGUUUAUUGUGGCAUUGAAUUUUAUAAGAAAAUAGUUUAAACAAAGUUAUUUGUUAUUAUGCAAAUGUUUGCAAUGUGCAGAUAAUAUUAUUAUAAACAAGUUGGUGCAAUUCUGUUCGAGAGGUAAGGACAAAAAUUCUAACAUGUGUUCUAUGAAUAGAGAUGUCAGAGGAAAUUCAGUAUGAUUGUUCAUAAAAUAAGACAAAGUUACUUAACAGGGAUUUUUUUCUGAUACUGCUUUAUGCUUUUGUAAUAUGUUAGUAAUUGAUUUUCAACGCUCAAAUAUAUUUUCAGUUAUGUCUACAACUUUUCAGUAUUAUUAAAUGAUCUAUAACAUUCCCUAGUGAUAAAUAAAACCUCUCAUUCCAUUGUUCUAAAUGAAAUUCCAUUACAUUCCAGAACAUUGAGUAUUGUUUUUAAUUACAUUCCAUAAAAAUAUCCUGAAAUUCUUGGUAUUCCUCGCGGGUGGGGGUGGGGGAUUAAUUAUAGUAAAUUGCUUAGUUGCAUCAAUUCAGUUCCCAUUAUUUAACUUCAUCUUCAGAAGUUGAAACCCACAAAUUCAUAUCAUCAAGAAAAAGCAGAUAUGGUCAAAUUUAUCUGAGAUGAAGUGAUCUUGUACACAUAAAAACUCUGAUAUUUUUCUGUGUACAGUCGACCACUCAAGGGACUGCUAAGAAGUGGUCUCUUAAUGGAACUGUCUCUUAAUGAAUUUCAUUCAGAUGAAAAGAAAAGUAGUUUUACUGUUAAUGUAACUGUAUUUAUUAUGAACAUACAUGUAUGGUUUAAAAAUCUGUUUAAACAUCGUGAACACUUUUCCAAGUCCACAAACCGUGAAAAUUAUAGCUAGAUUGUUUGUCAGUUCGACUGAUACAAAGGUACUUGCUAAUUACACAGAUGAAGAAAUGCCCGUUAGAAUUUUGGUUCCCCGGUCGCUUAAUAGAUACUCUUGUCCAAUAUUUUACCUGUCGGGACUACAUUAAUGUGGUCGCUAGUCGUUUAAUAAAAAAGUUGUUUAAUGGAAUGAAUUUAUGUACUGAAAACUCUCGGGAGGGAUUUUAACUCGUGGUUUAAUACAAAAAUCGCUUAAUAGAGGUAGUCACAAGUACAAUGUCGACUGUAUUUAAUUAUUUUGUCAGUAGUAAAAGCUGUAAUUGUCUUACACAUGAAUCCCGCCAUGAAAAAACCAACAUAGUGCCUUUGCGACUAGCAUGGAUCCAGACCAGCCUGCGCAUCUGCGCAGCCUGGUCAGGAUCCAUGCUGUUCACUUUCAAAGCCUACUGCAAUUAGAGAAACAGUUAGCAUACAGCAUUGAUCCUGACCAGACUGUGCAGAUGUGCAGGCUGGUCUGGAUCCAUGCUGGUCGCAAAGGCACUAUGUUGGUUUUCUCAUGGCAUGGCUCAUAUCUACCUUGAUAAGACAGGACUUUCCUGCAGGGAAAUUUUAUCUCUGCUGUUUUGUUGGAAAACUACUUGUUAAUGGGUAUAUAUACUGUAUAAUACACAAUAAUUUUUCUUGCCUUCCAUGUUGAUUAUGUCAUUGCAACUUUUCCAAAGGAACAAAGUGUGUGCCAUCACAUUGAAUUUAACCACCUUGCAGAAAACAAAGCUACCUUAUAUUCCCUGAUUUAAGCUCAAGGGUGUUUCAUUUUGCAAAAUAGGGGUGUUUGUUACGGAGAAAAAACAAUUUAGACUUUAAAUGUUGUUCUCCAUUUUUAUACAAUGGUUGCUAAGGAUACAUAAUGUAUAUUCAUAACAGGGACAUUAAAUAAAGGGAGGUUGUUAAUAAGGGAACAUAUGGUAAUGCUGUUUAAUCUCUAGAUUUUUCAGGAGUAUUGAAGUAAUCAACUAUUUUCUUGUUUUAAACAUAAUUACAAAGUACACAUGGUUGUAUUUCUCUAUUUGAAUGGAUUCUGUUUUAGAAUCUGCCAAAAUUUGCACAGCUUUGAAUUCAGACAGAUGGCCAUUUUUCAAUACUUGUAGAUGCUUAUGAAAUAUGGUACCAAUGCCAAAAAGUAAUUUUCUGUAUGUGUUUUUGUACUAGAUUAUAUUUUAUGCUGAUAGCUUUACACAUAUUUAUAUGGUUCUGUGAUAAAUACAUGUACAACAUUUAUUUAUUUGGAUCUUUAAUUUCAAUCUUAAAUUUUAGUGUUUUCAUACAAUUCCUUCCCAUAUGUUUAGCAACAGUAUAUAGCUGUGGUGUUUUGAUAAUAUUUGGGCAAUAGGUUUAUGUUGUUGUUUAUGUUGUGUUAACUGUUUAUAUGUCUGUUGUUUUCAUAUUGUGAGGUUUAAUACUGUAUGUCGGGUUUUAUUUGUAGCAUGUAUUUUCCUGGACUGGCUUCAUUGUUAUUGCCCUAGAUAGAAAGUAUUUUAUUCAUUUUAUUUUUUGCUAAUGCUAAAAUGAAUUUAUGAAAAGAAAUGUGAUAGCUUGCUUUCAUUUUCAGAUAGUGUCUGUAAGUUAAACCUGCUAAAAAUGUCUAAAUUGGACUGGUCCAUCAUUCACUUUUGGCAAAACCAUUUAUUAUAUGAAGGGGUGUUCACUGAAAAUUCACUGACUUAAUAGCCAACAGUGUAGACCAUGAUCAGCCUGCACGGAUGUACAGGCUGAUCUUGGUCUGCUGUGGUCGCAAAGGCAAAACCACUUGCCGCCAGCAGGCUAAAGGUUAAUGAAAACCAGUUAUUAGUUUAGCUUUAAAGGUGGAUAAUCAGAUUUUGGCCAUGUAAUGGAUUUGUUCGAAACUUUAGCAUCUGAUCAUUUACACUCAUUUAUGUUCACUUAACACUUAAUACAAAUUAGAUUUUCACUGGAGGCUUUUUUAAAAUUUCAUUUUCCUAUCCUGGUUGCCCAACCAAGAUAGAGUUAUUUUAUCAUAAGUAUAAAUAUGAUAAACAUACUUUGCCUAAGGAAAUGUAUAAAUAUUAGACAUAUUGUAAUAUAUUUGUAAAAUAUUUGCAUUAAAAAUUAUGUAUUUAGAUGGAAUUCAUUAGAAACGCAAGUUUGAAAAAUUAUUAUUACCUCCCUUUGCCUAUCUUGGUUGCGCAACCAAGAUAGAUUGGAAAUAAAUGAAUUCAGAAGCUACACACAGCUUUUAAACUUGCAUUUUGGUUCAGAUUGUUCAAUAGUUGAUAUGUCUAUCAAAUGCAAAUGUAAAACUAGACAUUGUAUCGAAAUAGAAAGAAAUACCCAGCUUUUUAUAUAUUUUCAUAUUAAAGGGGAGUAAUUACAAAAUUUUAUAAAAAUAAUAAAAUAUACAUUUCAAAUAGGAAUCUGACUCUAUGUAAUCGGUCUUUUUGUUCCUUAAAUAAUUCUCUACCAGAAUAUACAAAAAGUAAAAAAAGUCAUUAAAUGUUGUUUAAAUGUGAUUGACCACCUUUGAGGUAAAGCCAUUGACUUCACAGAUAUUGUAAAAGUAGUUAAUUUUGCAACAUGGAAAUGUUUGGAAAUUUUACAAAUCCACACUUGUCAUAAAAUUAAGAUCACACAUAAGUAACUUCUUACACAUACAUAACAGAUACAAACAUUCUAUCAGUAAUAAUGGGCAAAAUGCUUUCUGAUUUAUUACAACAUUUACAUCAUGUCUUUUGUGAAUUUUUUGGAACACAAACUUUCUCUUUUAUUCUGAAUACUGAAGAGAAGUUACAAUAUUGACCAAAAAAUGUAGAACAUAUUUUUAAAUAUUUUAGCUUGUAUAUAUAGAAAUAUGUAUAGGUGCCAAAGCGAUAAUUGCUUGAUGCCAGAUACGGUAACUGUUCAUUCCAAAUUUUUAACUAAAUGUGAUUCUUAGUUAGUUCUUCCAUUACAAUGUUCAGCUGGGCUGAUUAUCCGUGACCAAUGGGAACAUUCCAUUUCUGUGUGGUUCAAGUACAUUUAGAUGUAAAUAAAAAUGUUGAAUGUUAACAUGAACUGCAGUACAGUCGUACUUUGUUUGCUCAACCUCAAUAGGACCAUCAAAAUUUGAGUUAUUUACAAUUGGAGCCAUGGAAUAAUUAACAUUAUAUAGGGAUUUUGCCAGGACCUGAUGAUGAGUUUAAAUGAAGGUAGGUUUUCAAAUUUCCAAGUUCUAGUGAACAAAGUUCAACUGUACUUCCAGUUUAAAAGAUGUUGUUAUUGCAAAGAGCAGCUUGAUGUUAAAGAAGCUUGUGUUAUAUAAUUGUAAUGUAAGUACUGAAAGGAAGGGUAAAUAUAUUUUUUAUAGACUGUAUAAUCUUAUGGCUGUUAAUAAUCUAUUGAAAGUAAUCCAUAGUUUAGAAGGUAACUAUAUUUGAAAGUUGUAUCUGCAGUUAUUGGACAGCAUUUUGAUAUUUUUAGAAUUAUUUCAGAGUCACAGUGACUAUACAGUUAAGCUUUAGCUAAAACUCGCUGUGAAUAGGUACAAUCUUGGUCUUUAGGCAAUUUGUUUCAUUUCUGAAUUUAACGUUUGUAGUAUAUUUUUACUUUUGAAAAAGAACGCCUGCAAAUAAAGUACACUUUUUUUGUCUCUGUCAAGUAUUGAUUUUUAUACACAUUUGUUUGCACUUUCAGUAUAUGUGUUAUUCUGAAUAAUUAUGAAAUGUAUACACCUCACUGAUAUUAUGGGUUCCGGCUUCACUAGGGUUGGAUUGUUUAAUUGUACACUUGCACCAUUCAGUUUGCUUUUAGAAGAUCCAAACCAGGUACCUCUGUGUGCAUGUAGAUAAAUUGAUGCAGGAACCUGAAAUAAGUGUAUAGGGGCUUGAAAUAAAUGUGUGUAGGGAUGUGAAAUUAAUGCUACAGGGGCUUGAAAUAAAUGUGUGUAGGGGCUGGAAAUAAAUGUGUAUUUGGGGCUUGAAAUAAGGGGAUUUAAAUACAUGUGUGUAGGGGCUUGAAAUAAAUGUGUGUAGGGAUGUGAAAUAAUAGCAUGCAGAGAUGCAAAAUAAAUACAUGCAGGGGCAUGAAAUUAAUGCAUGUAGGAGCUUGAAAUAAAUGGAUGCUGGUCAGUACUUAGCCUUGAAUUUCUCCAUAUGACCUGAAAGUUGUUCAUGUAACAUUAAAGUCCCAAAUUAAAUGAUGUGUACUAUAAACCUUUUUAUAGUUAAUUGAUGGUAAAUUUAUAUAUCUUCUUUCUGAAACAACAUUCUGAUCUCUCAUGUUCUUUUAUCAUAGUGAUACCAAGUAUAAGGUUUUUUCAAAGCACUUAAUUGUUCAAAUCAUAUAAGUUUUUUUGUGGUUGAUGUUUAUGUCAUAAUAAACUUAUCUUACCGGACAGGAUAUGUAAGUGGGACAGGUAAUCAUUUAAGAAUGUGCAUAAUUCAAAUCUUGCCAUAAAAUGUCUUCAGGUUGUGAAUUUUGUCUUGUAAACUUUUUAUUAGCAAAAAUAUGUAUUGCAUAUUUACAUGCAAACAUUUUUAUAUUCUCAAGAAAUGAGCACAACAUAUCAGAGUGGUAGUGAAAAACCAAUGAAAUUUAUCUGUGUUGAUUAUAAAUUUGCAUAAUUCAAGUUUUAUCAAGAGUUGAUGCCUGUCUACUGCCAAUUGUUGAUUUGCUUGUUUUGGGUUUAACACUGUUUUUCAAAAGUAUUUCAGUUACGUAACAGCUGGCAAAUAACUAAUGUUUCUGGAUUCUGUACUAGUAUAAAACUCUUCUUCACAAGUAACUGCCAACUUCCCCGCAUGAAUCAGAAGUUGAGGACGUAUGAUUUCAGAUGCAGUGUCUUUUUAUCUCCUUUCUCUCUCUCUCCGCCUCUCCUGAGGAUCUAACUCACAACACCGCGAUCCAGUGAUCUGCACUUUCCCUAUUGAGCUAAGUGGGCGGGCUGCCAAUUGGUAUAUAAGUAAACAGCUUGCCAGGAUUAUGUAACUGCAGAUUGGGUUAUAUUCAUGAUGGUUUUAUUAUUACCAGUAUUCCUGAAUAAUGCCUGGCACCCACAAAUUCAGAAUGUUCAUGAGUAUUCACCUGUAUCAUGUCCUAAAACACAAACACUUCUGUGUCACUAAUUUGUAACACUUUAACCUUUAGCCUGCUGGCGACAAUUGUAUCUGCCUUUGCGACCAGUGCAGACCAACAUCAGCCUGCACAUCCGUGCAGUCUGAUCAUGGUCUGCACUGUUCGCUAUUCAGCCAGUAAAUUUUCAGUGAACACCCCUUCGAAUGAUAAAUGGUAUUGCCCAAAUUUAAUGAUGGACCAGUCCAUUUUAGAAAUAUAGCAGGCUAAGGGUUAAAUAAGACUGCUUACCAUUAACCACUAAAUAAUGUCUAUGCAAAUAUCAUCUAGUCUAGGUUUUUCAUCUGAUGAUAAGCAUCAGGUUGAUUCAAAUAGACAUGAUACAAGCACUUUUAGCCCAAAAACAGACUGUUUGACUGCUUCAGAGUUCCAGUCCAUGGUCUGAUGGUAUAAAACUGAGUUUGAUAACCAGUCUAAAAUAUCCAGCAUCUGCCGGAUUGCACAUUGGUUAACAUGUUCUCUGACUAUAUUUAGAAUCUGUGUCCACAAACCAUAUUUAGCACUUUAUUUGUCCGAAUUUGCGUGGUACUGUUUUUUAUUAGCUUAUGAGGCACAGGUUCAAGACAAUGAUGCCCGCUGCAUGAACAGGUAAUCAGCAUCAACUUGGUUCUGUCUUCUGCAAUGAUUUGUCUACAGCACCGAUUAUCCACUAGCUGAUUUUAUGCUUGUAAUUUGUCAAUUAUUUAAUGGUCUACAAUAGAAUUCUAAUAAAUUAUCAGCACACAGAUAGACUUAAACUUGAGUAAUAUUUUGUUAUGGAACUUCAAGUGUUAAGGUCUGUUAUAUAGAAAUUUAUGAGGAUGUAUGAAUUUUAACUUAUGAUUUCAAAUGUUAUUUGUGUUUUUGCUUUAAUCAUAUUUGUUUCUUAUAACAUAUUAAUAUAUAUGAGCAUUUUACCUGAAAUGCUUAUUGUUUGGAAACAGUGAAGUGCUGUUUUGAAACAGUGAAAUGCUUACCAAAUAGUUAAAAUGUUUACCAAAUGAAAAUAUAGCUAUGUCCAUAUUGAAAGAAUUAUUUUUAUUUCCACUAUGCAUCUUGUUUGUUUAUAUGCACAAUUUGUUAGCAAUAAAUUUAAGUGUAAGCUUUAGUUGGCAGUGGACAUAAAAACUUGCAAUAGUUGUUGGGGCCUAUAUCUGUUGUUAAAUAGUUGUAUUUAGUUUGCAUCAUGUAAUUUAUUCAUGUUACAAUGUAAUAAAAUAUAGAAACAGA